AUGAGCCUCGACGUCUCAGCUGUCCGCGCAGCCUUUGCGGCUUGUAAUUUGGACCUAGAAGACGAUGCAGCAAGCACAUGUGUUUCUAUCUGUGCAGAGUUUAAUAUGAGCUGCGACGACAUGGCAGCACAAUGGGACGCAUACUCGAUGAACCAGCAGCUUUCUGGCGCCGCUGACACCGAAAAUCUCGUGGCCUUUCGCUCACAUCUCAAGCAGCUGCAACAGAACAUAUCCCAUGAGCUGACACCUAAUGUAUCUGCACCAAAACGACGACACACAAAGACGCCCGUUGUCAAACGCGAGUCAAAUAGUCAGGAUAAGCUUGAGUCGCUUUACAGUAUAAAAUCACCCGAGGGCAAGCAUGCGCGCUCCUUUACUAGUCCUACUGGAAUCAGCAAAGUUCAGCGAAAGGAAGGCGUCUUUUCGCCUUCUUCCAUGCAGUCACCACCAGGCAGCAGCUACGAGAAGCGCAUAGAUGCCGGCAAAACAGUUUAUGAGUUUAACGAACAUUUAAAAAAGAAGAUUGAAGGAUUGAAAGCUAAUUUGGGAAAACCAGUCGAGGUUAUGGUGCCAUAUCCAUCACGUAAUCUUUUGCCAAAUGCCCCAUACAUGUAUACGCCUCUCUUUCGUCGAGCUAUUGCGCUGGAUGAGCAACUUGUCGAGUAUGAAAUGGAAGUGAAAAAAAAAGUUGAUCUAGAAGAGCUAAAGCCGGUUGGAGACCCGUCGCCGGCACAAGUGACGGUGGUUGGACGAAUUGUGUGUGAAGCAGCAGAGGGUAAACUGAAUCCAAGCGUUGUGCAAAUUGAGGGGUCUAGAAAAACCUGUGGAGGCCAACGUGUGCUCCUCGACCUGAAUGGAGUGUCUAAUUUCCAGAUCUUUCCUGGCAAGAUUGUCGCUUUGGAAGGUGUCUUAUCGGAUGUUCGGUCUCCGAUGGUAGUGAAAAGAUUCCUUGAGCCAAUUCUAGCACCAGCAGCUACGUCUUUACCAGCACGUAUAAAAAAGCUACAAAUUGAGCACGAAGAACCUAUCCGUGUGCUGACUGCUUGUGGUCCUUUUACGACCACGAGCAAUGUGGACUACUUGCCUUUGAACGAUUUACUACAGGUCGUGAUGGACCAAAAGCCAGACGUGCUUAUCCUGCUCGGCCCUUUCAUCGACACGAAUCACUCGAUGUUCCAAGACGGACUGGUUAAGUACGAUGACAUGAUGCUUAGCUUUGAAGAGAUUUUUCUAUUUAAAGUCAUGACACUUUUGAACAACGUUUUGAAACAUGACGAGCAAAUUCAGAUCAUAAUUGUUCCGUCGUUGAGAGACGCUAACCACGAAUACAUGUACCCGCAGCCCCCACUGAGCAAAAGCAAAGCGUGCGAAGCGUUCGAAGUUGCCGAACAUGCUAAGCGCGUGCACUUUAUGUCAAACCCUACCACGUUCUCAAUCAAUGCAAUUGUGUUUGGGAUAUCUACUUUAGACAUUAUUGUACAAUUGAGCUCAAAUGAGCUGUACAGGAGAGCCCAAGGUCGUGAUCAUCAUCGUCUUCUCCGCCUUUGCGAACAAGUUGUUGAACAGCGAAGCUUUUAUCCGAUAUUUCCUCCGCCACCUAGUGGUGAAGCGCCAGUUGAUUUGCGGUAUAUGAAGCAAUUUCAAUUUGAGCAGACCCCUGACAUUCUGCUGCUCCCCUCAAUUCUCAAUCGGUUUUGUGGGCGCGUUUACGACUCAGUUGCCAUAAAUCCCGGCCAGCUUUGCAAAGGAGACUCCGGUGGCUCCUUUGCUCACAUAACCAUUCUUCCUCUACCGAAUGAGAAAAUUGAGAGUGCGGGUAAUGAUAUGUGCGCCCAUUCUGUACCAGACCGAACGAUUGUCGAAAUAAAGCGUAUAUAG